UUUAAACCAAACUAUUUUCUGUCACUUGCAAAAACCAGGGCGGAUACCCUUGUAAGGGUAUUCACACCGACACCGGAUCAACUCUAUAAGCUAGAUCUGCUCGUCUCCCCAGGGGGGUCCAACAGUCACCUGGGAGUAGUAAUGGGAGUCAAGAUCUCCCCUCGAGAAGUGCUCGAGCUCCCUAAAGGUGAGAUAAGCCUCGACCAAACCGCCUAUUCUGCCGAACACUGCGUCGACCAGAAACGUGGGAACGGUCGCCGUCAGUCUACAGCCCGAGUGCGGGAAGAACCCGUCUCGGACGAUCUGAAGCUCUCCUGUAAUGAUACGGGGAAGGUACCUGUGGAUCCACUCUAUCACGUCCUGCUCCUCCUCGAGCCGGAAAACCUCUAUCUCCUCCUGCAGGUAUCGCUCUACCCAGGCAAUAAUCCCACAGGUUCCCCAUUUCACAAGAGUCAGAGCGGCGUUCUUGGCCACUUCUGGACUCAAGUACAGUCACGUUCGAGGGGAGCAUACGUCGUUGUCAAUUCCCGUGUUCCUUUGAUCGCACACGCCAGGUUGCAGGCUUGUAGGGAUGGGUGGGCAGAGGGGGGCGCGGAGGGAGCGCCAACAUGGCGCACAGGCCGGAGUUCGUGCCUAAUGAAGACUUCGAGAACGACCCUCGAUCGAAGCACGUCAUCUGGAAGUACGUGCAGAAGGGGCAGGGAGGGUGAGCUCGAUUUCGAGCAUCCCCUCAACUGGAGAUUGCCUGGUGGUGUGGCACGACAGCCCCCCCUGGUCCCCGCGCGUGAUUUGGCACGGGGACGAGGGCAGGCAAACCGAGAAGGUCCGGCACCGGUGGUAUGGCAGGACGGAGCGCGCCCCUUCAAGGGAGUGGGCGCCUCUGGAGCAGUGGGCACGUCUGGUGGAGGGGGAGAGGGAGCAGGAGAGGGCCCGUCAGGGGUAGAGGGAGCAGGAGAGGGCUCGCGUGGAGCAGGGGAGGGCCCGUCAGGGGUAGAAGGAGUAGGGGACGAAAAAGUGCGUGCAGAGCACGCAAAUGCGAGACGGUUUGAUCCGGUGGGGAAGAGGCCGCAUGAUGAUUCACAUUUGCAGCCAGGGAGGGGACGAUGUGUGCCUGAUGGGGCUGCAAGCGGUCCGCGGGACGAGCGGCAGUGGUGGAGGGAGAGGAUGCUCCAGCAAGCGAGAGACGAGGGCAUACAUGUCCCUGCCGACCUCGAGGAAGGGCUGGCGGCAGAACCUAUGGAGCGGAGACAGGCUCGCCACCGAGUGCCCAGAGUGACCCAGACUCGUCUCGACGGUUGGGUCGAGCACCCCAUCCAGUACGACCUCGACAUGGCGUACAUCAGAUUCUUCAUGGGCUGUGGUAUCCCGUUCAACGUCGCUAGAUCGGAGUGGUAUUUGGCUCUACACGACGUCUACCUCAGUCAGUUCAAGGGUCCGUACCGACCGCACCAGCCGGGGUCUGAGUUACUGCGCACAACUCUGUUGUCCCUGUUGUACGCAGAGCUCGAUGAGCGUUUACGGUAUCACCGAGAAUCAUGGUCUGAGGGGGUCACUUUCAUGACGGACUGCUGGUCGACUCAGGCCAACCGCCCUCUCUGCAACUACUUGGUUGCAGGGAGGUUGGGUGCAUCCCUGUACCGUGUUGAGGAUAUGUUCGGUAGGGAGCGGACCGGAGCASGUMUAUACCUCAGAUGGAGGGARCUCAUUYUGGMGAYCGGCGYUCAGCAUGUGGURKCGAUAUGUACGGACAAUGCGUUGGCCAACAAGGAGGCUUACCGUUUGCUCCGUAAUGACCAGGAUCUUUCAUUGCGAAAGAUCGCUUGGAUCCCUUGCGCAGCCCACUGCUGCAAUUUGAUGCUCACGCACAUCGCCAGACAGCCGUGGGUUGCACAGGUCGUCGCGGAGGGGCGAGAUAUCACUUUGUUUUUUCGGCGGCACGCACGGGCAGCGUACCUCUUGAGUCGGCAGUCUCCUCCUGUGUCCUUGAUUCGCCCGGGGGAGACGCGGUACGGGACCAACUUGAUCAUGCUGAGGCGCAUGUCGGAGUUGCGUUCAUUUUUGGAUGCCUGUGUUAGCAGCAGUGCUUGGGCGACGACUGCAUGGCUCCCCGCAUUGAGGGAUGGCGCACACAGGUGCUUUGACCUUCUCCGCGACCCCAAGUGGUGGCAGCAGGUGGAUCUGGUUGCCACCAUUAUGGGCCCCAUUCAUGAGCUCCUCCAGCAGGUUGAUUCUGACGGGCGUAGGGUCGGCGAUGUGUGGGGUCUGCUGGAGAGGCUGCAGAUUACCGUAGAUCGACUAUCUCUUGAUGAGGCUUGUCACCAGCCCAUAAAGAAGAUAGUCAAGGAGAGGUCAGAUAUGCUCCUCACCCCCAUUCAUUGCGCUGCGUACCUGUUACACCCCAAGUACCGCAGCAUUGACACCUUGAUGCGAGGGACGGUGCAGGAGCGCGCUUGAUUACAUCGCGAGCCAGAUCGCGGGAGGCCGAGAGGGCGAUGAGAUGACUGUCGUGUGGAGUUCUUUGCAGGACUUCCACGGCAAGUAUCCCACACCUAGUCAUUGGGGGGGACCCAUCGGAGAUGCAGAGAUCGAGCAGCCCGACUUUGAUCCCGUGAGGUGGUGGAGGGUUCAGGGGGGUGAUCAUCGGGGACUGCGAGAUGUCGCCAUGCGCUGCUUGGGUGCGUGGACCACUACAGCCCGUCUAUGAGAGCUCCUGUUUGUUUAGGGCCAGAGCCACGGCUAACAACAAAGGCCAGUAUCCCUG